AUGCACCAUCCGUCUAAGAAGAAGCUGCUGCCGAAGUCGGCGUUUCUCAUUAGAAAGUAUGAACGCCAAGUUAGGGCUGUAUUUAUUGCAUUCCUUAUUGCCCUCACUAUAAUGUUUAUUGUUCACGACCCCCGGGUUAGUACCGCAGGAGUAGAUAAAAGAAUCAAGGAUACAAGUCGUUUAUUGAAGCCACAUACUGAUGAAGUGCAAGCUGUGCAUUAUCCGCAGAAUAAUGGAGCGAAAGCGAAAGCUGUGAUACUAACAUUGGCUAGGAAUAGCGACCUUUGGUCUCUCGUUACUUCCAUUAGACAUGUGGAAGACAGGUUCAAUCGAAAUUAUGGGUAUGAUUGGGUGUUUCUAGGUGAGGAGCGGUUUACAGAUGAAUUCAUGGAGAUCACUUCAUCGCUUGUGUCUGGUAAGGUUAAAUACGGAGAGAUUCCUCAUAAGCAUUGGUCUUAUCCAGAUCUUAUAAACCAAAAAAAGGCUCAAAAGUCAAGGGAAGACUAUGGAGCUUCUGCCGUAUUGAAUGGUGAUUCUGAGUGGCAUAUACAUCUCAGUCGUUAUGAAUCCGGAUUCUUUUGGAGACAUCCGUUGCUCAAAGAGUAUAAGUGGUAUUGGCGUGUGGAACCUGAUGUUACAAUAUAUUGUGACAUCAAUUAUGAUGUUUUCAGGUUUAUGGAAGAGAACAACAAAAAAUAUGGUUUCAUACUUACCGGGACAGAAUACCAAUCGACGAUUCCAACUUUAUGGGAACAUAUUAAAGAGUUCAAGGAUAAGCACCCUGAGUACAUUAAAGAUGAUAAUUUGAUUGAGUUUAUAUCGAAUGAUUCCGGUGACACUUAUAAUGGCUGCAAUUUCUCGUCAGAUUUUGAAAUAGCUUCACUUGAUUUUUGGAGGUCAAAAGAGUACGGUGCAUACUUUGAUCAUCUUGACAGAACAGGUGGUUUCUUUUAUGAACUUUGGGACGAUUCGCCCAUCCAUUCCAUUGCUGCUUCCUUGUUACUUGCAAAAGAUGAAUUACAUUUCUUUGAUGGCUUUGGCUACUACCAUCCUAACUUUCUAUCCUGCCCACUUGAGAGCUCAAUUAGAAAACAAAACCAAUGCAUCUGUGAUCCCUCUAGGGAUCAAACCUGGGAAUCAAACUAUUUCUGUAACAGGAAGUACAUGAAAGCACGUAACUUGCCACUACUUAAAGAGCUGGGCGAGAACAAAGUUUAA